UCUGUCUCUCUCUCUCUCUCUCUCUCUGCACCGGCUUUUAUCAGUUCUGAGAGUCUUUAAGCUCGGACGCGUCCUCAGUGGACUGACCGUGUCCAGGCUCGCGUGUGUUUAGCAGUUGGCACCGCGGCGCAGAGCACAAGAUCCAGAAAAAGACGAGAGAAAAGGAAAGAAAGUUUUUUUCUCCUCUUCUUCAAGCCUUGUUGGUGCAUUUGGACGCGCGGAUGCCUCGCUUGUCCUCCCCACGCGCCGUUCGGGUCGCGAUGAUCAGCGUGUGUCCGCGCGCAGCGAUCGCCGAGUGACAUGCAGUCGCUGAUUUCUCCCGUGACCAAGGCGGUCCUGGUCGCGCUCUUCAUCUUCGCCAUCUUACUCAUCCUCUACGUGAUCCUGUGGUACAUAUGCAGGGACGUGGACUGCGACCAUGGCAUCUGAGCGCGUGCGGCGAGAUACGCGCCUAUUCGAGCGGACCGGUGGCCGAAGGGUGACCCUGGGUCUCCUUCCUCCGCCUCGUCUCGCGCUGCGGCCGUCCUCACGCGCAGAGCGGAACCAUCGGCAGGGCGCGCUGCUUAGUUCAGUGCUCGACAACGGAGCGUAAACAGAGAGACACCGCGCGGCAGCAGCGAUGUGGUGGCUGUCCUGCUUUCUGCUGCCCGUCGUCCGACUUUAUCUCGCCGGACUUAAAGUUCUCCUCUACCAGCUCCUCAACAGGUCCUUCGCCUUACCAGUUUUGCCCAGACAGGAUGGAAGGGUUGCCAUAGUGACGGGAGGAGCCAGAGGAAUGGGCCUUGAAACUUCUCGACACCUGGCGGGUCUGGGCAUGCACGUGGUCAUCGCUGGAAAUGAGGAAGAUGAGGGUCUUGCUGCGGUGAAGAAGAUUCAGCAGGAAACAGACCAGGGGAAAGUGGAGUUCAUGUACCUGGACUUGGCCUCCUUGAAGUCUGUACGACAGUUUGUCCAGAGGUUUAAAUCCAAGGGUCUGCCUCUGCACGUUCUCAUCAAUAACGCGGGUGUUAUGCUAGUCCCGGAGAGGAAGACGGAGGACGGUUUUGAACUGCACUUUGGACUCAACUAUCUGGGCCAUUUCUUGUUAACCAACCUGCUGCUGGACACGUUGAGGAAGUCAGGCAAGAGUGGGCAGUGCUCGCGCAUCGUCACUAUCUCUUCAGCCACACAUUAUGGAGGACGCCUUGAUUUGAACAACCUGCAGGGCAGGUCUUGUUACUGUGCCCAUGGGGCGUACUCUCAGAGCAAGCUGGCGCUGGUGCUCUUCACCUACCACCUGCAGGACCGGCUGUGUGCACAAGGAGAUCCAGUAACGGCCAACGCUGUGGAUCCUGGCAUGGUGGACACGGACCUGUACGAAAACCUGUGCAGCCCUGCCCAGCUGGCCAAGAGACCUGUGGCCAAACUGCUCUUCAGGACCCCAGCCGAAGGAGCCUCCACGGCCAUUUACGCCGCAACUGCUGCCGAGCUGGAGGGGGCUGGAGGGCUCUAUCUGUACAACGGCCGCAAGACUGAGUCCUCAGUGACCUCUUAUGACGAGCAGCUGCAGGGCCGGCUGUGGAUGCAGAGCUGCGCUCUGGUGGGGCUUCAAAAGGCCUGAAGAACUGGAGGAAACUGGAGAGCAUUGGUUCAACAUAGCAAAGCCUGAAUUCCUGAAUUACUUUUUUUUGUUUGUUUGUUUGCUGAGCCUCAUCUCAUGCCUGAUGCAGUGUUCAUUUGUGAGCAGCAGCUGAGAAAAGUAGCAUCCACAAUAAUAGCAUGGAACGACUUGAUUGCCUAUAUGAAUGAUGCCUAUAAGGAUAGUAGCAAAAGUAGUGGUUUCCUCACAUAAUGAUGGUGAUAUUUGAACAGAAACUAUCCAAAGCUAAGUGAAUCAAAUGAAUCGAACUGGUGAUUCAGACUGAUCUGCACUGUGCGAAGUUGCUAACCAUAUUAUUGUUAUUGUAAUCAUAGACUAAGAACUAAUGCAAUAAAACGUUCUACUGAUUUGCCAA